CAACAACGCGACCACGCAACGCGCGGAUUGUCUGAAAGGACAUCGUUUUCUAGACAACAUCACAUUCUUCAAGUUCUCGAGGUUGUCUAGCAGGGAAAUCACGUCUCGCAGGAUUACAUUAUAUCUAAUGGCCGGCGGCAUCUGAUUGUCAAUAUUUUCUCAACAAUGUCGUCAUUAUGUACUGAUCGGGAACACACAAUGCUGGCCAACAUGUGGGCUGCUGCUACUACUGUGAUAGUUAUUAGCUGUCUGCAUGGAACAUGCAUUGCCCAACGCAAAGCCAGGACACCAACCACGUGGACUCCAACAACCCGAACUCCGACAACGUGGACUCCGACAACCAGGACACCAACCACGUGGACACCAACAACCCGAACUCCAACGACUUGGACUCCGACAACCCGAACUCCUACGACUUGGACUCCGACAACCAGGACUCCGACGACGUGGACUCCGACAACCAGGACUCCAACGACGUGGACACCGACAACCAGGACUCCAACGACUUGGACUCCGACAACCCGAACUCCAACGACGUGGACUCCGAAAACAGGGCACCAACAACGUGGACUCCGACAACACGCACGCCGACAACCAGGAAGAAAUAACGCUGCCACGCGUCUAAAAGGUUCUCCAUGAAAAGCUACUGACAACCCUUCAUACACUCUCGGAAGCAAGAAGAACUCGAAACCACAACUGACAUUGCAAAACCAAUGGUUAGCACACAAUCAAAUGUUCGUCAGUUUUAUUGUGUGUGAAUGACCUUCACUUCCUCACAACCAAAAUGUGUGCAUACUUUGGUCAAAUAAAUGUUU